UUAAACAGGCCAGAGUCGCAGCGGCUGAGGAGAACAGCGUCGUCCUCGCUAGCAGUAAAAGUAUAUAUUUGAAUGAUUUGUUUCUCAAAAUUAAACAUCACACGGCUGCUUUAUCGAAUGGUAACAGGCUAUUAACACGGCGAGGGGGAAAUCAUCGCGUUUCUGUCGGAUUUGAGGAGGAUAUUUCGUGUGGAAUCGGCUGAAGGAGAAUAUGGAAACCGCCGCAAGAACCAAAUCCAGCAGAGAGCUGAAGAUGAAUCGAGCUGAGAAUGAGAAGGGUUCUGCCGGUGGACCCAUGAGAGUCCCUGUGUCCCAGAGCGGUCAGAAGCCCGUGUCCAUGCGUGUUCUCAGCACAGCUCCAGGGCCGCAGCGCGUCCAGCGUCCCGGGAAUCAGCAUAAACCCGUCGGACACUCAGUCUCUGUGAAAACCAUGUGUCCAGGAGAUCAGAACAUCAGUCCAGAUGAACCCAAAACAGCAGCACACACCAAACCACAGCCGAAGCUUCCUGUAGCUGAGCCCACAAAGAGCUCUGUGCCCAGCAAACAGGACAAACCUCAGCAAACUCCUUCCACUGGAACAUCCAAUAUGUCCAAGAAAGCAUGGAGUUUAGAAAAUUUCGACAUUGGAAGAGCUCUGGGGAAAGGCAAGUUUGGGAGUGUGUAUCUGGCCAGGGAACGUCAGACCAAGUUCAUCCUGGCACUCAAAGUUCUCUUCAAAAAGCAGCUGGAGAAAGCUGGAGUGGAGCACCAGCUGCGGAGAGAGGUGGAGAUCCAGUCACAUCUCAGACAUCCUAAUAUCCUGCGUCUCUACGGUUAUUUCCACGACACUGCACGUGUUUAUCUGAUCCUGGAGUUCGCUCCUAAAGGAGAGCUGUAUGGAGAGCUCCAGCGCUGCGGCACCUUUGAUGACCAGCGGAGUGCCACGUAUAUAAUGGAGCUAGCAGACGCCCUGAGCUACUGUCACUCCAAGGACGUGAUUCACAGAGACAUUAAACCUGAAAAUCUGCUUCUGGGGUCUAAUGGAGAACUGAAGAUCGCAGACUUCGGAUGGUCUGUCCACACGCCCUCCUCCAGGAGGUCGACGCUGUGUGGUACGCUGGACUAUCUUCCUCCAGAGAUGAUCGAGGGCAAAACGCACGAUGAGAAGGUGGAUCUGUGGAGUCUCGGGGUCCUCUGCUAUGAGUUUCUGGUUGGCCGUCCACCUUUUGAAACCAAGAGCCAUGAGGAGACAUACCGCAAGAUUUCUAGAGUUGAGUUUUCCUAUCCUGCUCAUGUGAGCGAGGGCAGCAGAGACCUGAUAAACCGUUUGCUCAAACACAACCCCAUGCACCGUCUCCCUAUCCAGGGUGUGAUGGAGCACCCGUGGGUGCUGGAGAACUCCUCGAAGAAACCCACCUCACAGACUCCAGCCAACAACUAGAACCGAGUCCAUUCUUCAGACCUCAACUUGUGGAACAAAACAGACUGAUGUGUCUGUAAUCCAUCUUCCUGAUCUUUACUGCCACUCUUGGGCUUGACUUCUUGAUUUGUAUGUUGUUUUUAUGUGUUGUGCUGUUCAAUCGCUACAAUUUACAUGCGUUUGUAAAAUAUGUAAUUAAGCCACAUUGUAAAGUUUUAACUAUUACUUGAAACAAUAAAUGUUCUUUUAUUAUUA